GGAGCGAAAUGGCUGCGUUGGAUAGAAAUAUGAAUAGUAACGGUACGUGGAAUGAUGGGGAAGAUCCCAAUGUGAUGAGUGACGGGGAGGACGAUUCUAAGAAAAGAACCAAAAAGAGUGUACGGUUUAUUACACCAAGUCUAGAAAAACUGAAUAAACUUGAUGGUAGUAAACCUCCUAAAAUUCCCAUCAUGCUUGACAUUGGGGAAAGUACUGAUAAUGGUAACUAUGGUAACGAAGCUUCUCAAAACCAGGCAUCAACUGCAAAUGGGUACUUAGGAAACCCUCCUGCUCCCCCUCUUCCAAAUCUUCUCAGUUUCGAAGCAGUUGAAGCGAUGCAGACAGAUUCUGGAAUCAAUUCUCCUCAUGCGUCGCCAUCUAGGGCAACGACAGUUGCUAGGCAACAGGGAACAGUUGACACUGGGGCGCAAUUUAAUGAUGGCAAGGAUAUGGCAGAACGGAUGGAAGGGUUUCAUAUAAGCUAUAGUGAAGAACACUAUAAAGCGAUGCAGGAAGCGUUGAAGAAGCGAUUAAGCCAGCCAAUUGAAACAUAUCCGGAGUUAAAAAUGGAGUGAUUAUGGAAUUUUAAAAUCAAUUUUAACUAUGCAAAAAUAAUAUUCAUUGUAACAUGUAAAUAUUUUUUUGGCAUUCUUACUUGAGCUACGUGCACAGCGCCGCUGACGGUCAGUUAGGAGACGUGCUUGAGCUUUGUACAGGCAACACAGGUGCUAACAACACAAAAUAUCAACCAUUUAUUAUAUUACCAUUAAUCAGUCACACGAAACGAGGUCUUUUCAACGGAAACUUGAAAAUGGCAAUUUCCGAAUUUACAAAUUGAAUCACAUAAAACACAUCGGACUCCUCCAAACAAUAACAUGAAUUAACAUUAUGUGAACUCUUCCUAGAUUUAGUAUUACAACAAAUUGAAAUUACGAAAUAAUAUACAUUUUAUAUCAGGUCAAUUUACAUAUUUGUAAAAUUUAAUAUCAUAUUCGAGUGCCUUGUAUAUAAAUCAGGCAGGUCAUGGGAUUUAUUUUAUACAGCAUUACCCAUAUAUAUAUAUUUCAUAUAUUUCAAAAAUACAUAAUUUUAUGAAUAUGUCAUUUAUAAAUACUACACAUAGAUUGUGAUCACUUGAACUCACUAUUGUUCAAUUUCAGUCAUUUAUUAUAAUGAGACAGUCACGUGAUCUAACAUGCAGAACAAAUUGGCCAUUUAACAAUGUGCUAUCCCGGUUUUCAACCAACCAGGUGAUUAUUGUCUAUAGUAGGCAAAUUUUAGGAUAUACAAUGUUCACAUUGGUUCAUGGUAUUAUUGAAUUAAAAUAUAAAACAUUUCAUUUUUUUAAUUAUUGCAUGUUGCCAUAUUCUCAAAUGAAAUUUAGAG